AUGUCUGACCUCGCCGACGUGCUCAAGAUCUCCAUUCUUGGAAACGAGUCGAUCCACGUCGGCUUCCAUCUCAUUCCUUACAUCUUCAACCAGGUCCUCACCACCCUCCCCUCGAGCACCUAUGCGUUGAUCACCGACACCAACCUCGCCCGCCUCUACCUCCCUCAGCUGGAGGAGGCCUUCAACGUCGCUGCCGCCGAGACUGGCUCCAAGGCCCGCUUCCUGACCCACCAGGUCGCGCCUGGCGAGGGUGCCAAGUCCCGCCAGGUCAAGGCGGAGAUCGAGGACUGGCUGCUCGACGAAAAGUGCACCCGUGACACUGUCAUCCUCGCGUUUGGCGGUGGUGUUAUCGGCGACCUGACCGGCUUUGUGGCUGCCACCUUGUAA